AUGGGCGCCGCAAAACAAGCUCUCUACUUCCUUUUCCACCCCAUCCAACUCCGCAGCAUCAUACAAUGGAAAGUAUGGCACGACCCCGUGCACCAUCGCGACCCCAGCAAGGAGACCCCAACAGAGGCGUCAUGCUUCAGGUUCCUCAACAUGACUUCCCGCAGCUUUUCCGCCGUCAUACAAGAACUCAAUCCCGAGCUCCUGAUGCCCAUCACCCUCUUCUACCUUGUAUUGCGUGGCCUCGACACCAUCGAGGACGACAUGACUCUCGACGUCGAGACAAAGGAGCCUCUGUUGCGUGAUUUUCACCAAAACAUGCUCAUUGAUGGCUGGACUUUCACCGGCAACGGGCCCAACGAGAAGGACCGCGAGCUACUGGUACACUUCGAUGAUGUGGUCGCCGAGCUCAAGAAGACCAAGUUGGAAUACCGCAACAUCAUCGAGAGCAUCACUGAAAAGAUGGGCAACGGCAUGGCAGACUUUGCACUCAAUGGCGAGCUGAACAAGGACGGCGUCACUUCUAUUAAGGACUACGAGCUGUACUGCCACUACGUCGCAGGUCUGGUCGGCGAGGGUCUGACCCGGCUUUUCGUCCAAUCCAACCUUGCCAACCCCGCGCUCAAUGAACGGCCAGAGCUCACCGAGUCCAUGGGCCAGUUCCUGCAAAAGGUCAAUAUCAUCCGCGACGUUCGCGAGGACCAUGACGAGGGCAAGAAGUGGUGGCCGAAAGAGAUCUGGAGCAAGCACGUCGACAAGAUGGAAGACCUUUUCAAGCCGGAAAACCGGCAAAAGGCACUCUAUUGCGGGUCGGAGAUGGUUCUGAACGCCUUGAAACAUGCCGACGAAUGCCUUUACUACAUGGCCGCGGUCAGGGAGCAGAGCGUGUUCAACUUCGUGGCCAUUCCCCAGUCGAUGGCAAUCGCGACCUUGGAACUCGUUUUCAUGAAUCCUGACAUCUUCGACAGAAACAUCAAGAUCACCAAGGGUGACGCUUGCCAACUGAUGAUCGAGUCGACGCAAAACCUCAGAGUUGUGAGCGACGUCUUCCGGCGCUAUGUCCGGAAGAUACAUCAAAAAGCCGACCCGAGAGACCCCAACUUCCUGGCCAUCGGCAUCCAGUGCGGCAAAAUUGAGCAGUUCAUUGAAAGGAUAUUCCCCACCCAAGACGUCAACAAGUUGUCGGCCGCGGAUAAGGCCAAGACGGUCCAGCGGGAACGCGAGGAGGCGGUGGACAAGACUGAGGCCAUGUACCUUAUCCUGGCUGUCCUCAUCGUUCUGGUAUUCGUUGGGGGCUUGAUGAUUGCACUGGCGUGCUCGCCCGACCCACUGGUUGCACCAGCGCCAGGUGGCGCGCCGACCACUGGUGGGCACGAGGAACUGUAA